GGUAGCACUAUGGCCAUGUGGUUAGGGCACUCUCUGCAGUGUGAGCGACGAGGUUUUCAGCACCGCUACAUGCCCCGGUUCCUGGGUGAGUUUACUAACCACGGAGGCUUCAGGAUUUACCUCCACCCCAGAGCAAUGUCCUGCUAUGAUCUGUGUCCCCCCACCCCCUGUGGCCCAACCCCACUCGCCAACAGCUGCAAUGAGCCCUGUGUCCGGCAGUGCCAGGACUCGACAGUGGUGAUCCAGCCCUCUCCUGUGGUGGUGACCCUGCCUGGCCCCAUCCUCAGCUCCUUCCCUCAGAACACCGCUGUGGGAUCCUCGGCAUCUGCAGCUGUGGGGAGCGCUCUCAGUGCUGGGGGAGUCCCCAUCUCCUCCGGCAGCUCCUUGGGAUUUGGGAGCUUUGGCUAUCCAGGUCUGGGCAGCGGGUACAGCCGGCCCUACCGUCGCUACAACACCUACCGCAGUGGCUUCUGUGGGCCAUGCUAAAGCAUGAGGAGCAACCAGGAAGAAAUGACCAGAAACGCUGAAGCACGACCUGACACAGGAGAGAGCUCAUGGCCAUGGUUUUCAGAUGUGGUGUUAGGCCCCCACAACUCCACCUGAAGUGCAUGGAGCUGUGGGAGCUUGGCAUCUCCUAAAAUCAGGCCUUUGCUUGUCUUUUGUUAUGCUUUACUAUAUAUUUCUGAUCAGAUGUCUUGUUCGCUUAUGCUUUUUUGUAUUUGAUAAUGACUAGGUAAAAUAUGUAAUUAUUAGAAGUUGUUCUGCAUGACUGAAUUAGUACAGUCCAUUUAAGUUACAAAGAAGGAAGAUCUCAUUUUGCUGAGUGUGUCAUUGUGGGAGGGAUGAGAGGGUACUGUCCUUACUGGACCUUGAAAAUGUAUUCCUUACACUUUACAUUGCUUCCUUCCAUUCCUCAGCCUCAUUAAAUUUGUGCUGCAUCAUA